AAAAUGCAUAUAGUAUUAUGAUGUGGGUUCCAGAAUGACUGAUUUUUAUGCUUAAAAUUUCCCUACAGAUGUGACUUGGUUUAUUAGUGUACAGUUAAGUUGUCUUGUAUUGCUUUGCUCAGACUUGAAGAAGACAAUCCAAGAGUCCGCAUUGUUACAGUGAUCUUCUACCCUUAUUGCAGUCAUAUUCUUUUCUUUUACAUUUAGGUGUGCCAUAACAUUCCACUAUCUUUUAGACCGAAUGCAAUUAAUUGUAAGUUUGUGAGUUGAGUUCACUUUCUGGUAGAAAUGAACUGACUAAUGCAGAGAAUGCUUCCCAGCGGCAGAUACUUUUGAUUGUACUCGUCUUUUAUUUGCAGAAAAGAACACCAGAGUGAAGAGUAAUAUUAUUACUGUUUCAUAUGCUUCACAAAAACAUUACUUUAGGAUGGUAUGAAAGGAUAUGGAUAGAAAUACUGUUUGUUUGAAUGUGGAGCUUGAGGGUGGAAGUUUCAGUCUGGUCCCCGUGGAGAAAGUUUCAGCAUUGACAAAUGCUAUCAAGUCUGUCAUCCUUAAUUGCCGUUUCAGUUGAGGACAUGACUGUGGUGGACACCUACUUCAGUCAGGUGCCUGCAGAGAAGUUUCAGUGUUGACAACAGUUCUCGAGAACAUCCAUGUAUUUAUACCUGCAAAGCAAUGUUUCCUGAACCAUUCACCCUUGCAGUUGUUUCAUUUGAGGAGAUGACUGAGAUACGUUUUCCUUCUAUACAUGGGAAUGCAAAAGAAAAGGUAGGAAUCAUGGAGCCCAUGCAAUUCGGCAGUUCUAGCAGCUGCGGGGUGCAAAUCGAUCAGACCUUUGAAGAAUAUGCUGGUGUUGUGAGCGACGAUGAUGACUACUGGAGAGCUGGCAGCUCCAGAGAAGGUGACACAUUUGGUGAUUUCAGAGAACACCCUGUUGGUGAGAUCAGCCCAUCCAUGAACCAAAGAACCGAGAUCGAGACCGCAAGAUCGAGCAGCAGAGACUCGGAUGCCAGAUUGCUCAACGAUUGGAUGGAAAAUGUGCAACACAGAAUGACCACUGCCAGUCAAAGCAGGCGAUCUCACAACAGGGCACCUUGCACUAUCUAUGAAAUCCCUGCUAACAUUCGGAAGCAUGACACCCAAGCAUAUCAGCCGAAGGUAGUCGCCAUAGGCCCAUACCACCGGGAGAAGAUCGGGCUUCGCAUCACCGUCGAUGACAAAUGGAGGUGUCUCAGACACAUGCUUUCGUUUGCUUCUCCCAGAUUUCGUGAGGAAGAAAACCAACUGAGAAUCUGGAUCAAGAAUAUAAAGGAGAAAGAGGAAUUGGCUCGCAGCUGUUACUCGAGAGAUGCCAACAUGGAAAGUUACAGUUUUGUGGAGAUGCUCCUGCUAGAUGGUUGCUUUAUUCUCUACAUCCUGCUGAUGAUAGUUAAGAAGACAGAGGUUGUGGUAGAGGAUCCAAGAAAGGAAGAAAGCACUGAGGUGGAUGAGAAAUCCGAGAAGAUGCAUACUGAGGAGUGCCCUCUUGUCGGUGUGUUUUGGCAAUGGAACCACAUCAAACUUGACUUGCUAUUGCUUGAAAACCAAAUACCUUUCUUCAUCAUUCAGGACCUCUUCAACCACACUAUGAAUCCUGGCAUCAAGCACAUUUCCAUUCCUCAUCUAGCACUCGAGCUCUUCGAUGAACUUCAUCCCAAGAUGAACAAAGACAUGUUCCAUUUUGGUCCUGAUGGUAAUGGUAUUCUUCAUUUAUUACAUCUUUUCCAUUCUGCUAUGGUACCAUCUCCCAACUACAGAAUGACGGACACAGAGUGCUGGAAUCCCAACUCACCCUCAUCUAGUACCACGCAGCAAUUGCACAUCCCCAGUGCCACUGAACUUGGAGAGUCUGCAGUACGCUUCAGAAGAAAGGAUCAUGCACGUAGCUUCCUUGAGGUAGCAUUCUGCAAUGGGGAACUGGAGAUCCCAACUCUGCACAUAUUUGACUACAGCAAUGCCCUCUUCCGGAACCUGAUCUCCUUUGAGCAAUGCUAUCCUGGGGUGAGUCCCUACAUCACAGCUUAUGCAUCAUUCAUGGAGUGCAUCAUGCACCGUGAGAGGGAUGUGAGGCUUCUUCACUUGAGCGGAACGGUAGUCAACAGGCUCAGCACUGAUAAGGAUGUAGCUGUUUUCUUCAAGCAGAUCUGUUACCAGGUCAGCCAGUCUUGCAUCCCUAGUUACUUAUCUCCUCUGUAUAAGGAAGUAUCAGAUCAUCACAGCCACCAGUGGAGAAGGUGGAGUGCGGAGUUGAUGCGGCACUACUUCUCCAAUCCAUGGGUGACCCUUUCAGUAGUUGCUGCCAUCAUCCUGCUUUGUCUCAACUUCAUUCAGACUUUGUAUUCUGUCCUUGGCUAUUAUCACAAAUUAUGACACUUCCAUCAAAAAAAGAAAACACUACCUACAAGAUCACUACAUGUUUGUAUGGUUGUCUUUGUGAGUCUCAAUAAUUGAUCUGCAGCUACAUGUUUACCAACUUUAAUAAACAUAAAUGUUGAAUCAUUUUUUAUAGAUUAGCAAACUUGAUUGGUUUUA